AUGAGAAUGUUUUUUUCACUGUUUCUGAUAAUCAGCUUUUUCUUCACAGCUCAGCUACAAGCAGAGUCUGACAAUGAAAUUAUUGCACAUUUAAAGCAAACUGCAUCGCAGGGAAGAGAACUGGGAAAUGUUUCUGAACAUCAACAGACCUGUUCAUAUGACAUUCCUGCUCUGCUGAAAGAGAUGAUCGCCUCUGUGGCUGCACUGAAGGUCGAGGUGAAGUACUUACAGAGAGACAACGAAGCCCAAGCAGCUAAGAUAAACGAGCUGGAAUUGCAAAAGACAGAGCUGGAAAGGCUGAAACUACAGUACCAAGCACAGGACGGAGAACUGGCUACUAUUAAAACCAGAGCAAACAUCACAGAAAACCAGUUGGAGGUUCUGAAGACAGAAGGAGAAGUGAAACGUGUGGCUUUCUCAGCCUCUUUGUUGGCCUCUGGAUCAGGAACUUUUGGACCAUUUAAUGCUCACACUAAUCUGGUCUUCAGACAUGUUGUUACAAAUAUUGGAAAUGCCUACAACCCACAUAGCGGGUUUUUCAUUGCACCAGUGAGAGGAGUCUACCAAUUUCAGUUCUACAUAUUUGGACAUGGACAUGCUUCACAUGCUUCAGCUGCUGUGCUGGUGAAGAAUGGAGAACAUGUGUUCAUAGCAUAUGAAUAUCAGCCUUCUCAUGGUGCUGCAAGUUCUAACGGAGUCAGCCUACUGUUAGAGGUUGGAGAUGUUGUGUUUAUGCGUCUCUGGGCUAACGCAAGGAUUUUUGACAACGGAAAUCGUCAUAAUACCUUCAGUGGCCAUCUGCUUUUCACCAUGUGAAAAACUACAAACACUGCAGUAGUGUAUCAUCUUAUUAGUACUAGUUUAUUUGUUAUUAAAUAUUAGAACUACAUGAUAAUUUCUUAACAAGAUCAUUUUGAUUGAUUUGUCAUUUCCAUCUCUAGAUUGCCAAUGCAAUGUACAGUAACUACGACUAAUGGACAACACUUUAUUGCAUAUGUUAUAUAUUAAAAUGUCUUUGGCUUUCUCAUGAUAUUAGGAAUUCUCUUCUUCAUUUAAAUCUAGAUUAGCAACAGAAGUUACUGAUGUUCUCUUUGUACAAGAUAAAAUCAAACCAGCUUACAUUGCUUUCUGGUCUUUAGACUUCAAUUUUCAGAUUUUUAUUUUGUUCUGUAGAAACUGUAGUGUUCAUUGACUCCUUAUGCUGAGACAACUUUUUUCUCUGUACUCUGAAUUAAAAAAUAUUUUCCCUA